CCGACAAACAAUACAAACCAUACAAAAAGAAAAACAACCGGGUUGACUUUUGAGGCUACAUCCCUAUAUAGAGGGGCUCCUUCCCAAAGUCAACCCGGGUGUUUUUUUAGACAUACAAACAGUACGAACAUGGUUGACAAAAAUGACAAACUAGACCGACAAUCCAUACGAACGGGAAAAAACUCCCGGGUUGACUUUGGAGGCUCCAUCCCUAUAUAGAGGGGCUCCUUCCCAAAGUCAACCCGGGUGUUUUUUAGACAUACAAACAGUACGAACAUGGUGGACAAAAAUGACAAACUAUACCGACAAUCCAUACGAACUGAAAAAACACCCGGGUUGACUUUGGAGGCUCCGUCCCUAUAUAGAGGGGCUCCUUCCCAAAGUCAACCCGGGUGUUUUUUAGACAUAAAAAACAUUACAAACAUGGUGGACAAAAAUGAUAAACACGAUACACAAAAAUAACAAAGUUUACAAACAUUACAAAAAAACCGACAAACAUUACAAAAUAACAAAGCGUACAAACAUUACAAAAAAAACUCGACAAACAUUACAAAAUAACAAAGCGUACAAACAUUACAAAAUAAACCGACAAACAAUACAAAGCAUACUAACAUUACAAAAUCUCUCUCUCUCUCUCUCUCUCUCUCUCUCUCUCUCUCUCUCUCUCUCUCUCUCUCUCUCUCUCUCUCUCUCUCUCUCUCUCUCUCUCUCUGGGGGACGAACCAAAAAAAUAAGUGGCACUGGUUGGCAGGAACGUUUUUUGUUUUGGUUGAAAGAGCAACGGCAGGAACGCACCGGAACGCACCGGAAAAGACUGACGGCGUCGCCGGGAAAUUCUGACCGGCGAGGAGACGGGCUGGACGGCCGGGGUCGCUACUGUUGGAUUUUUAAUUAUUAAUUUCUGAAAAUAAAAUAAUCAUGUAAUUACUACACUACCCUUCAUUAAAUUGAAUUAAUUAGAGCCAUUGGAUUUUAAUGAACUUAAAAGGCUAGGAUUGACUUAGGCAAGUGACUAAGGGACCACCCCUUAGUCACCUGAUCUUAGCCCGUAAAAGACACUAGAUCGAAUUGAUAACUGAAUGUACGCAACAACAUUCUAUCUUUCUCUAUUGCAUUCUUCAUUCUCAUUCUCAUACCGUCCAUUGAAGCGAAUCAACUUUCUUUCUCCGAUUGCUUGUUAAAAUCAUCACGCAUUGUCUUCAACUUCUUUUUCAAAUCAUCUGCAAAAUGAAUUAUAUGCGCACACGAAACUCAAAAGAUCAAUGAAUGAGAAAUCAGAAAACGAAUUCUUGAUCCAUAAUAGAUAGAUUGAUGGACAAGGCACCUGAAAGAAGAUGACGAUCCAAGACGAUUUCGAUUCGCAAGUAGUUGUUUAUUCUGCACCCGAUUCUAAGCUCGAUUCUAAGCUCCGGUUCGAGCAACUUAUUGGUCACAUACGCCAGAGUGCAAUACGAAUUCCCUAACAACCUUGCCUCCUCAAUCUGUUUGCUGAUGAAUCGAUGCAAACCCUUUCUCUUCCAGUUUCAACAACUUCUCCUUAAACCAAAGUUGAAACCUGAAAGCGAAUUUCAGCUUCGGCGAGCAAAACUAAUUUUUUACAUCCCGAAAAUGCCCUUCCCUUUGGGCCUUAUUUACCUAAGAAACCCGAACCUUUCGGCUUUCCCAUGAGCGGAGCAGAUUCUCAUUUGAGUCUCCCUCCACUUUCCCUUUGCUCCGAGCUUCAUCUCCCGCCAAAAGUCUCCGACUCCCUAAGCUCCCACUCGGUUUCUCCACCUGUAAAUGUCGAAGUCGAAGACAUCCUCUUCUUCGUGGCUGCCCCAAUUCAAUCCGGGCGACCGGGUCGAGAUCAGCUCCGACGAGCCCGGGUUCCGGGGAUCCUGGUUCGCCGGCACCGUCAUCCGCCGCGAGGCGAAGAACCCUAAUCGCUACGUAGUCGAGUACGACAAGCUCUACGAGGACGAAUCUGGGGAGAAGCUGUUGCAAGAAACCGUCGAUUGGGUAGAAUUGCGCCCGCCGCCGCCGCCUCCCGAGAAGAAGAAGGUGCAGCUCAAGUUCGGCGACGAAGUGGAGGCCUUCCACAGCGACGGAUGGUGGGAAGGGGCUAUUACCGCAGAGCACGCCGACGGGAAAUUUGCUGUGUUUUUCAGAAGUUCGAAAGAACAGAUUGUCUUUGAAGAGAAAGAAUUGAGGUUGCGCAGGGAGUGGGUUGAAGGGAAGUGGGAGCCGCCAUUCGAGCAGCGUCAGCGGGAGAAAGAGAGGUCUCAAGAGAAAGCUGACUCUAGGCCAAGCAAAUUAGCGAAACGUGAGAGUUCUUCUGUUAACAAUGCAAAAUCACAGAGGACCAACUCCACGAAAGUUGGAAAAGGGGAGAAAUUGUCUGAGCCGGAGGCAAAACCAAAUCCUCCCGAGGAAGUGGUGAAGUUCACUCAAGGAAUGCAAGUCGAGGUGACAACUGACGAUGAGGGGUUCCAAGGCGCUUGGUUUGCUGCAACAAUUAUUGAACCUUCGGGUGAAGACAAGUUCCUCAUUGAGUACAAAACCCUGACAAAUGAAGAUGAUACGGAGUUUCUUAGAGAAGAAAUCCGAACUUGCCACAUAAGGCCUUGUCCACCGAAGACCAUUAUUGUGGAUGGAUUCAAGGUGAUGGAUGAAGUGGAUGCUUACUAUAACGAGUGCUGGUGGGUUGGUGUGAUUGCAAAGGUUUUGAUCAACUGCAAGUACAUGGUUUACUUUAAAGAUACUGAUGAGAAGAUAACGUUCAAGCAGGCUGAUUUGAGGCCACAUCAGGACUGGUUGAACGGCAAAUGGGUUGUCCCUUCAAAGGCUCUGAAGCAGUGAUUUCUGGGACAAAGGCCAACAAGUUUUGCUGGACAUAACUACAUAAGCCAACUGUUGAAGGGGUCCAUUCAGUUCCUUGAGAGCUGUAGCAGCAAGAUGAUUGAACAGUCAUGACCAUUAGUCUAUUGGAUUUCUUGUCUGCAUUCCCCUGUACAACAUUCACUCUGUGUUAGGUCUUUUCUGGUUAAACAAACAGUAUCUGUUUGCCUCGUGUUGAAGUUUGGAUCCCUUUUAGCAUGUGCCUUCCAAUUGUAUUAUAUUGAGAAUGUAAUUGGUCGAUAGCCAAAACUGUUUCGUUAACAGCUGCAGUGAACUCUUCUCAUCCAAAUCUGACUUCUUAAUACAUUUCAACCCCCAAAUGUUUCCAGGGAUAUGCAUGAUCCUAUUCGGCUUGUAAUUGCAGAACCGAACCGAACCGAGAGUACAUUUAGAUUGAAGAUAAAGGAAAUAUGAGAAC